AUGAUUAGAUUUCUUUCGGUUUUAUGGGCUGGUUUCUUAUAUGGUUCAACUUUGGUCUUCUUCAAUUUGCUCAAUGCCACAGAAGCUACCAUUUUAGGUGGUGAUCCAUACAAUUUUUCUCCUGCUAUGUGUGGUUUAGCAUAUCUAUCUCCAACUUUGUUCAGUGUCUUCUUUUUCUUCAUUGCAGGUACCCUUUCUGAUUUUUUGAAAGUUCAUAUUGCUAAGAAAAGAAACGGUUCGUCGAUACCUGAAGAUAGAUUAUGGGUCUUGAUGGUUUAUAUGAUCUUGGGCUUUUUGGCUUCAAUUGGAUGGGGUGUUGGAGCAUACUAUGGUGCGCAUUGGAUGGCUUUAGUGAUCUCAAUGGGUGUACUUGGAGGACUAAAUGUUUUUGGAUGUACUUCAGCCUGUACAUAUUGCUCUGAUACAUAUCAUGAACUAGAUACUGAAGCUAUGGUUGUUGUUAUAGUCAUUAGAAAUAUCAUGUCAUUUGCAGCUAGUUAUGGAUUGACGGAUUGGGUUUUAAAUAUGGGUUAUAAGAAUGCUUUCAUAUCAUCUGGCUGCAUUUUAUUCUUUUGUAAUAGUACCUUCCUAAUUAUGAGAAUUCCUGGUCCAUACUGGAGAGCCAAGACCAGGUAUUCGUACUGGAAACUUGUUGAAUUUGACAGGGACACUUUUUAUGGAUCUGAUUAA